UUUAUGACGUCACUUUCUCUACAACCCUUUUUUCCGAGUGGCCUGUUCACCCUCGACAGGUGUAUGGGACCUCUCUCCGAGAGAUAAUGUAAAGAGUAGAGGGUGCAUGUUGGCUAGACUAGACAAGAAGACCCUCUACAUAUUUUCAGACACUUGCUAUGCACCAACUCAACACCUUACGAAGACCUUUCAGAGCCUACCGUCGGCUUUUCAACUCCUCAGCUUCUUGGAAAAUAAAACACGGGACAUCCCCCAAGCUUCUGAAGUUUACACCGAGAACCGAUGGAUCUGAAUUUUUAUUCGAAAAGCAAAAGUUCUCAAAUCCGCUGACAUAUCCCUGUCUAAGAGCUGUGCACCGUCAGCUGGACCCAAAUUUGAGAAUUGCACUUGCUCAACGCUGCCCAUCACUCCAAAAAAUCGAAAAAAGCACGCCCCUGAGGAUCAAUACCCUUUCUUUUGGCACUUAUGGCUUGAAAAUCAACUCGCACACUUAUCACCUUCAAAGAAUUAAUAUAGGAAAGCCAGAAAACACAUUUAUUCAAUUGGAAAGAGAUGCCACACUGAUCUAUGGUCUUCGUGAUACUAAGCACUUGCCUGUUCUCAAAUGCGCCACGUGUUCCAGAGACUACAGAGAAGCUCUCAUCUAUUUGUACGAAAAGGUGUUGGGAAACCGCAAUUUACCAGUCAAAGUCAACAGGAUGGAGUUCAAAAAUUAUUUUUCAAGACAAGUGUGGGACCUGAGAAAUGUUAAACUCAGAAUAAAGAAGCUGGAAGUCCAUAAUGAAAUUAAGCAGGUUCUAAGCACACUUGCUCCGUGCCUCGAUGAAUCUAGCUACCCGUUGGAAUCCCUCGAACUAGUGCAACAGUUCUUCACUUCGGAUGAUUUGUUCAACCAUCAUAUCAUCCAAACAGCAAAGGAUCUGAGAAUCAUCGGUAUCCACGGAAAUUUCCACAGACUUCCAAAUCUUAGAGUGCACAUCCAGAAGGUGAACGUUUCCCCGGCAACGCUAAUCAAAGCGAUCGAUUAUUGGUUGACCCGUGGCAAAGAGAUUGGAACUCAUUUUUCAAUUUCUUCCUGUGAAAUGUUGGAGGAAGAAGCACGAGUUUUGUGGAAGGCCAUAAGGACAAACUAUAUUGAUCUAGUUGAGGAAAAUCAGAGAUUAAUCGAUUUUUCUCCCGAGCCACUGAAAAUCAAAUCACGCUUUUUUUCGGAACUCUGGUUCAACGUUGUAAAAGAAUCUGGUAACACUUGGAUCUGCGACCUUCAAGUUCGAAAAACCCGAGCUUAAGCUUCGCAAAGCUUAUUAGUUGCUCAAGUCAAAUGAAAUAAAAUUGUUGAGCAGACACAUUUCUUUAUAUUUUUGAAAUUUCAAGCUUCAGAACAAAGCUUCAGCCCUGAACCCCCAAACAUUUGCUGGGCUUUUUAUCUAAUAAAAUAAGUUCAAGUUUAAAGUCUUU